UUACCUCCGCAACAUUUGGAAUAUCAUGGACUUCGUGGUGGUCGUCACGGGGUUUGUUACCUACUUUGUACCGGAAGAUUUAGACUUAGAUCUCAGAACCUUGCGAGCCAUCAGGGUGCUUCGCCCCUUGAAGCUGGUCUCCGGAAUCCCAAGCCUUCAAGUAGUGUUGAAGUCCAUCAUCAAAGCCAUGGCGCCAUUGCUUCAGAUAGGACUUCUUGUUCUCUUCGCCAUUGUUAUAUUUGCCAUAAUCGGCCUUGAAUUUUACAGCGGUGCUUUACACAAAACAUGCUUCAGUUUAGAGGAUGCCACCGAGAUUGUUCCUGAGGGCGAGCAGGAGACGCCCUGCUACCAGGACUCUCCGUUGAACUCUACGCAUCCGGCCGGCGCGUACAUCUGCGACCACAACUUGUCCAUUUGCAAGGAAGGCUGGAUAGGCCCCAAUUACGGCAUCACUAGCUUCGACAACAUCUUUUUCGCCAUGUUAACCGUUUUUCAAUGCAUCACCAUGGAGGGUUGGACGGCCAUUUUAUACUGGACUAACGAUGCCUUGGGUAACUCCUUUAACUGGGUCUAUUUCGUACCCCUUAUCAUCCUGGGAUCCUUUUUCAUGCUCAACUUAGUUCUCGGCGUGCUUAGUGGAGAGUUUGCCAAAGAGAGAGAACGCGUAGAAAACCGCCAGGCGUUCCUCAAGAUCCGGCGGCAACAGCAGCUGGAGAGGGAGCUUAACGGUUACGUUGAGUGGAUCUGUAAGGCAGAGGAGGUAAUUUUGGCCGAGGAGAGGACGACGGAAGAAGAAAAAUUGCACAUUAUGGAAGCUCGAAGGAGAGCUGCGACAAAACGAAAGAAAACAAUGAAGAACACCCAGAGCAAGAGCACGGAUGAAGAAGACGAGGAGGAUGUUGAAGACGAAGGCUUUGCGAGGGCUUCCUACUUAAAAACAAAAAUAAAGAACAAGGGAGCUUGUAAAGCAUUUUGGAAAAUGGAAAAGAGGUUCAGGUUCUUCAUCCGUCAUAUCGUCAAGACUCAGACGUUUUACUGGGUUGUGAUAGUGCUUGUAUUCUUAAACACGGUGUGUGUUGCUGUUGAGCACCACAAUCAGGAUGAAUACUUAACAAAGUUUUUAUAUUAUGCAGAAUUUGCAUUUUUGGGGCUGUUCAUCUUCGAAAUGUUAAUCAAGGUGUAUGCUCUUGGACCACGCAUUUACUUUGAAUCCUCCUUCAACAGAUUCGACUGCGUAGUUAUAGCCGGCAGCAUCUUUGAAGUUGUCUGGUCCAGUCUGAAAGAGGGCUCUUUUGGACUUUCCGUUCUACGAGCUCUUCGACUUCUAAGAAUAUUUAAAUUUACCAAGUACUGGUCAUCGUUACGAAACCUGGUUAUCUCCCUGCUGAACAGCAUGCGUUCCAUCAUCAGCUUGCUCUUUCUGCUGUUCUUGUUCAUCCUCAUAUUUGCGCUCCUCGGCAUGCAACUCUUUGGGGGCGUUUUCAACUUUAAAGAGGGUACACCUGCGGCCAACUUUAACACUUUUCCCAUUGCCUUGCUCACGGUAUUUCAAAUCCUGACGGGAGAAGAUUGGAAUGAAGUAAUGUACCACGGCAUCCAGUCGCAAGAUGGGAUCCAUGGCGGAAUGAUAUACAGCCUCUACUUCAUCAUUCUCGUCCUUUUUGGCAACUACACACUGUUGAACGUGUUCUUGGCCAUUGCCGUGGACAACCUGGCUAACGCCCAGGAGCUGACCGCAGCCGAGGAAGAGGACGCCGAAGAGGAGAAGGAGAGGGCCAAAGAAGAGUUGGAGAAGGAAAUAGCAGAUCUUCAGAUGGCGGCAGGUGCCGGUCUGGACCCGCCGCAGGUGAACAUCUGCCCGCCUUCCCCACAGAGCAGUGCCCCUGUGAAAGGAAAAAGCUUCCAGUUCGGCGGGAGCCAAGAUAAUCAGACAGGAACCGGCUCCAAACUGAAAGGAACCAACGACAACAACAACAUUGAUGCGGACGACGACUACGCCAGAGGGGACGAUGAGGAGGACGAAAUGACUGGCCCAAAGCCGAUGAUGCCGUACUCCUGCAUGUUUAUUUGUUCUCCUACAAAUCCGAUCCGUCGAGCCGCCCACUUCAUCGUGAACUUGCGUUACUUCGAGCUGUUCAUAAUGAUCACCAUAUCGCUGAGUAGCAUUGCCUUAGCCGCCGAAGACCCCGUCGAUGAUGAAUCGCCCAAGAACAAGAUUUUGAACUACUUCGACUACGCCUUCACGGGCGUCUUCACCGUCGAAAUGUUCCUUAAGAUUGCCGACCAGGGCGUCAUCUUUCAUCCGGGAGCUUACUGCCGGGACUCGUGGAACAUUCUAGACGCCAUCGUCGUCAUCUGCGCACUCAUUGCCUUCGCAUUUGCCGGAAGCUCGACGGGCCAGAACCUCAGCACCAUCAAGUCCUUGAGAGUGCUACGAGUGCUACGGCCGCUGAAAACUAUAAAGCGCGUUCCCAAGCUAAAGGCCGUGUUCGAUUGUGUUGUGACGUCCCUGAAGAAUGUGUUCAACAUCCUCAUUGUGUACAUUUUGUUCCAAUUCAUCUUUGCUGUGAUAUCCGUUCAACUGUUCAACGGCAAGUUUCACUACUGUACCGACUUGUCCAAGCUCACGCAGCCCGAGUGCAAAGGAGAAUUCUUCGUUUUCACGGAAGCUGACAAGCCCCCCAAGGUGGAAAAGCGUUCGUGGAAGCACCAGCCAUUCCACUACGACAACGUGAUGGCCGCCAUGUUGACUCUCUUCACCGUGCAGACGGGUGAAGGCUGGCCACAAGUUCUCCAGAACUCCAUGGACUCUACGGAAGAGGACAAGGGUCCCCUGCCGAGAUACCGAAUUGAGAUGUCCAUUUUCUAUGUGGUGUUCUUCAUCGUUUUUCCUUUCUUCUUUGUAAAUAUUUUCGUGGCGCUCAUCAUCAUCACAUUUCAAGAGCAGGGCGAGAAAGAACUCGAAGAAGGCGAGCUCGACAAAAAUCAGAAAUCCUGCAUAGAUUUUGCAAUUCAAGCCAAGCCACUGCAGAGGUAUAUGCCAAAGAACAAAGACAGUUUCAAAUACAAAGUGUGGAAGAUAGUAGUAUCAACCCCCUUCGAAUACUUUAUCAUGGUAUUAAUUGUGCUCAACACCGUUCUGCUCAUGAUGAAGUUUUACAAUCAAACCAAGACGCUGAAGAGUACGCUCCACUACAUGAACGCAGCCUUCACCGCGCUUUUCACGAUUGAGUGCGCCCUCAAGGUGGCUGCUUUUGGAGUCCGGAAUUUCUUCAAGAAUCCAUGGCACACCUUCGAUUUCAUCACUGUCAUAGGCAGUAUCAUCGACGUUCUAGUAAUGGAGACAGGACUAAAUUUUUUCAGCGUCGGGUUUCUUCGGUUAUUUCGAGCAGCCCGCCUCAUCAAACUACUCAGGCAGGGUUACACAAUACGAAUUCUCCUCUGGACCUUUAUUCAGUCUUUCAAAGCCUUGCCUUACGUUUGCUUGCUCAUAGCCAUGCUAUUCUUCAUCUACGCCAUCAUCGGCAUGCAGGUGUUCGGAAAUAUAUUGCUGGCAUCUGACAGUCAAAUAACCAGGCACAAUAACUUCCGCACUUUCUUUCAAGGUCUAAUGCUUCUCUUCAGGUGUGCGACGGGCGAAGCUUGGCAGGCCAUAAUGAUGGCCUGCGUAAAGAACCGCCCCUGCGACCCGCUCUCCAGGAAGGAGAAACCCGAGUGCGGCAGCAAUGUGGCCUACGCCUAUUUCGUCAGCUUCAUCUUCUUCUGCUCUUUUUUGAUGCUCAACCUGUUCGUCGCCGUCAUCAUGGACAACUUCGACUAUCUGACGCGCGACUCUUCCAUCCUGGGUGCGCAUCACCUGGACGAAUUCAUUCGAGUCUGGGCAGAGUACGACCCGAACGCCACGGGGUACAUUCACUACACCGAGAUGUACGACAUGCUUCGUAACAUGGAUCCUCCGCUGGGUUUCGGCAACAAGUGUCCUUACCGACUGGCAUACAAGAAACUCAUUCGAAUGAACAUGCCGGUUACAGAAGAAGGAAAAGUGAAUUUUACCACCACGUUAUUCGCUCUCAUCAGAGAAAAUCUGAGUAUCAAAAUGAGACCAGCGGAGGAGAUGGACCAAGCCGACAAGGAACUGAAGGAAACCAUCCGGAAGCUGUGGCCGCUGCAUGCCCGCAAGGUCACGGACAAGUUCAUGCCUCCAGACUCCGAACUCCAAGAACACAAGCUCACAGUAGGAAAAAUCUACGGUGGCCUGCUGAUUCUCGAAAACUGGAGGACCACAAGAUUUGGUCAAGCUCCCGGAGCUGGAAGUCUGACGGAAAAGGCGAGUCCGCCAUCGCCACCAGAUUCUCCGCGCCCUUCCCUGCUGCGCCGCCUGAUGGGCGCCGUGCGCAACUCCAACACCCGGGCGAGCCACGGCAGCUUGAACCAGGAGGAGGGACACCUGGACGACGCCGACGGACACCUGCAGGCGCCGUCCAGGCACGGGUCGCUGCACAGGUCCAGCCUGAGCAUCGACCGAUCCCAGAACGGCCAGGAGAAGCCCUGGCAGCGCUCGCUGAGCUUCCUGCGGCGGGGCAGCAGCCGUCGGCAGCGGCCUCCCCAGCCGCCCCCGCUGCCCCCGCAGGCCCCGCCACCGGCCUCCCUGGACAAGUCGGCAGCGUUCCAGGCCGGCGCGGCGGCCACGGCCGAGGAUGGGGCGACGGCUGCGGCGGCGGCGGGGGACACGGGCACGGGGCGGCGAGCCGGGGAGCGCGUGGACUCGAUGCGACUGCGGCCGGACUCGAUCGCCCUGGGGCCGUCUCCGCCGGGUAGCCGGUGUGCGACGCCCAUCCGGAGGUCACCGUCGCCUCGGAGAUCUGCGGCGGGCUUCUCGGACGCCGUCAGCGAUCUAGUGGACAUUGUCAAGUACGAGACAAGUCGCAGGGGACGCGCCAGAGCGCGACUGCACGGAGACGAGUUCCUGCGGGCGGGCGAGUCCCCCCUGCGGGGCCGGUCCCCGUCCCGGCGUGGCCGCCACUCGCCCGAGUACCGGAGCAGUACGUGGCUGGGCCAGCGGUCGCGCAGUCCGUCCCCCAGCCCGCGGCCCCCGGCGGCCGGCCCCAGCGAGUACUACGGGCGCAGCCAGCUGGCCCAGCGGUCGCGGUCGCCCAGCCCGGCGGCGUCGGCGCACAGCCUGCCCGCCCAGCGGAGGCGGCUCCCGCCGACGCCGGCCAAGCCGUCGACGCUGCGCCUGGAUGCGCGCUCGAUGGACGCUGGCAUCAACUUCCCGAGCGUGUCGCAGUCGCCCACGUUGCCCGGCGGGGCCCGCUCCCCGGGCUCCAUCAACUUCCCCAAGGUGAACGCCUCGCCCACGCGCAGCCUGGCCAAGCAGCCCAGGCAGCUGCCGUCGCCGCAGCUGCCCAACGGCUACAAGCCCCGGCUUCGGAGGACGCAUCGCCGAAGCGACACCGACGAAGACGACUGGUGCUAGCGCCGGUCUUCUGUCUCGGAACCCGCGCCCGGCCGGCCUCCGGGUCCUGGCCCCGUCAGCCUGACCAGGCUCGGCGAGUUGAGGCGCCGCCUCUCCGGCAGUUUCUGGAGCCCCGACCCGGGAGCAACGGGGGCCCCGCCCCCUCCCCGCGCAAGACGACCCCGUCUAUGCAAGCGGCGCCCGUGCCUUCCCCGCGGCCCCGCCUGCCCCCCACAGUGUACAGAAGAACGCCAUUUCUCGUUGUUGCGCUGCAUGUUCACAGACUCUCUCUCGACUCUUUUUUCCUACAAUAAAAAGAAAAACGGCCAACAA